AUGUUCCCAGGACAGAGAAAACGCGGCUGGCGACAAUGCCUGGCCGAUAGCUAUGAAAAACAAUACGGCCCUCUCGAUGACCCAGUCCCGACCUUCGGCGCCAAAUUGGUGACAUUUCCAUCGACGCCGACUCUACCCAUGUGCUUCGCCGGACCUGACCCCGACUUCCUCGAGGAACUUGAUCGACUUCUCUCCGCCAUUGAAGCCAACCCAGUACCCAAGUGUCUGCAGGGCUUGCGUUUCUAUGAGCCCUCGGUCGAGAUGAGCUGCUCCGACAACGACACCGACGAUGAAGGCAGCGAAAGCUUUCGUGAUUCGAUGCGCGAGGUCAGGGUUCGCAUAUAUGCGAGAGCCGGAAUAGAUAUUGUUGCUGUUGAAGCUAAGCGACGGGCGCGAAGGCAUGCGAGGGAGAAGAGACUCGAAGCCAGGGCAGCCGAAUCGAACAGUACCAAAUCUGCGCUUCCGUCACCACAUGACCAUGCUAUCAAGCCCUCCAGUAAUGCUACUAAAGCAGACACGGCUGGGUGUCAGGCCGAGCGCCAGAAGCGAAAGCGCCAAACAGAGGACGAGGAAGACCAGCCUCGUCGUAAGGUCGCCAAACCCAGCGACACAACCACAGCUCGAUCAAAGCGACGAACUCGCCCAUCAUUCAAGCCGCAAUCUUCAUACAGUCCUCCACAAACACCUUCUCCCACCAACAGAGAACAUACACAAGGACAAGCUGGCUCGCCGUCAUCUCCCGACUCUCUCGUCGCACAACAACCUACACCCGAGGUUGACAGCUACUUGAAGCUCGGGAGGGCUCAGGAAUCGCCAACUGCAGGAGCAGAAUUGUCAGCAGGAUGA